UUAUCAAUUCACGCAUCAUUAUGAACGUAAGAACCCAUACCUAUGAUUCUAUACGCACGUGAUUAAGGUGUUCAUUCUACUGCAACGGUGCUCAUGUAGUAUGUCUUAAAAGUGUGAAUCGAUGUAUUGCAUAGCAGAUACCUAUCCCAAAACGUUAACUUUCGCUUUUUUCAAUUCUUUAAAAGCAUUUGAGAGCAUAAAGAGGAAUUAUUAAAUUAAAUACGUUGGGCGUUAGCUCUUGUUAAAGCCAUUUCAGCUUUGAAAUUUUCGUCUGUUAAAAAAUAAAUGUUUUUCCAUACAUUCCACGUGUUCGGCAAGGAUUCCAGAUUUAUUGUUUAUUGGACUCUUUUUUGCUUCACCUUCACCGUCAAACCGAAUAUUGGAUUUAAAAGAGAAAAACUACAUGUUCAAGGAACCCUAGACACUGUUGACAUUAAAGCAAUAGAGAUCGAAGCUAACUACACAGGACCUAAGUUGGAAGAUGACAAGAUCACACUCAAGUUUAUGAAUGACUUGAUAGAAUUCUUCAGAGUAAGCAGUUUAGAAAGUAAACAAUGGAGUGUCUUGCAUCAAAAAUAUACUUUCUUGAUUUUGAGGCAAAUACGUGACUACUUCAAAAAGCAACCAUCACUGAUAGAAGUGGAAUUACCCAGCGAUGAGAAUAUUACAGUUUGUGGAGACAUUCACGGUAACUUGGAGGACUUACUUCACAUAUUUGACAUAAACGGUGCCCCUUCUCAAGAAAAUCGGUAUCUAUUCAACGGCAACUUCGUGAACAGGCAACCUCACUCCGUAGAAUGUGCAUUAAUUUAUUUUGGCUAUAAAUUGCUCUACCCUGAUGCAUUUUUCAUAAACCGUGGUAAUCAUGAGGACGUCAAGGAAAGUUUAGAGCAAUACGGUCUUGACGAAGAAGUACAAACGAAGUAUCCGGGAAAUAAAAAGUUAUUGCACGGGUUUUGGGAAGUUUUCCAAUGGCUGCCACUUGCACAUUUGAUCAUCGCUGAAAUCGCCGAUACAACAAAUAAAGAGAGUAAAAACAGCUCUUGUCAGGAAGCAGAUUUUAUUAGAAAAUACAUCAAGAAGGGCCAUAAAUUGUACGCAAGAUUCCUGGAUAAGUUCUUCACCCCUUUUAGUAAGCCUGGUGUGUGCACUCCGUCACACGGAAGAGUUUUGGUCGUUCAUGGUGGUUUAUUUUCAAAGAAGAAUGUAACCUUGGAUGAGAUCAAACAGAUAAAACGAGGAUGCGACGCUCGUGAUGCUGGAUACACUUCUUUGAUGUUCGAUAUGCUCUGGUCUGAUCCUGGUCCGAUAGAUGGCGUGCAUCAAAACAAACUGCGUUAUACCUCCAUCCAAUUCGGGCCCAACGUCACCGAAUCGUUCUGUAACCUCAACAAAAUUGACUACAUCAUACGAUCACACGUUGCGUUGCCUGACGGCUAUCACGUCGAGCACAAUGGCCGAAUUGUCACCGUAUUUUCUACCGCCAAUCACCACAGUAGAAAUCAGGGUGCAAUUGUGGUUUUAGAGGCUCCCUCACUGAAACCAAGAUUCACAACAUACGCUCGGGGAGCGUACUCGAAACAAUGUAAUACGACCGGGCGUGUAAUUAUUAGUACUCGCUGGUCGGAUGAAAAAAAUAUUCGUGUCGGCAGAUACCGGACGAACGGAGCUGAUCCUACGAGAAGAAUUAAAUAUGGAUGAAGGAUUAAAACAAGUAAUGAGAUAAAUUUCAGUUCAAAAUAGCUUGCUGUUCGUAAUAUACUACUUUAGUGAAUUUAAACACUACUAAUCUGUUUGAGUAAUGCGAACGGACGAGGCAAGAGUUCCUUUUGGAAUGCAGCAUUCCCCACAGCACUCCUCUUUGUCUGGUUAGUUGUUGGUGCAAAGUCCGUAGAUUUUAAAUGAGCUCAUCAUCAGAAGUCAAAGUAGGUAAUGUUAAAUUUUUUUUUUAAAAAAAAAAAUACUUAUUCUUGAGAUCUUGCAUUGAAAUUAGUUGAGCAGUACUUAAAAUUGGUGAAAUUCACAUGUUUGGCAUGUAAUUUCGACUGUGAUCAUGUAUGUAGGUCAUGGUUUUUGCCUGAAACGAUUGAAAAUGUGAGUCGCUCACUAGCGGUCUAACAGUUAGAAUUACUAUUUGCCAGGACUAUGGUUGAUACCAAGAAGGUAAUGGAUAAUUUUCGGGAUGAUUUGUAAUACUCAACCGCCAAGCUCUAUUUCAUUCGAGGAUUGACUCUUGUUAACCACACGAUGGCUGCAGUCUAAAAGCUCCACUGUCGAUAAUGUUUACAUCAUGCAAACUUUUUAGAAGAAAUUGCUCCACAAAUUAUGUAAUCAGACUAUUAGGCAAAACCAAGGCUCAUUGCAUGACAUCUGCGUCAAACUAUAAGGCGGUCUUUAUCCAUGGACAAUUAAAACCAAUUAGAAGAGCACUGCGACGACAGUGUUUACGGUGCGCGGUCAUUGCUGUUGUAAAUGUCCACACUGCACAAAACAAACGGAAAAUGAGUUGCCAGACUGCAAAUUUGUAAAUGAUGUUGACAAAUAUUCACGACAAAACAGGAAAAAUUGUCCCUAAGUUGAAUGUUAUUAAUUACGUUUAACAUAUUAAAUAUAAAUAAAUUUUGUCUUAAAUUUUGUAUACCCACUUAAAAACUUUUCUUGUUAACA